AUGAAGCUCUUCGAUCGGUUCCGAAGGGUUCUGAUGAGGUUCAUCUUCUCCUCGUCGUCAUCCCUCCCUUCCCAUCAUCAAGGGUCUAGUUCUAAAGGGACAAGGCCUUCUUCAUGCGACGUCGGAUCGUCGCCAGACCCUCCCAAGACUUCAUGCAGCUCCUAUUACUCCUCUAACUCCCACUACUCCGAGGCCAUCGCCGACUGCAUCGAGUUCUUCAAUAAGUCUUCUUCUUCGCAGGACGGAGUCCUCGAUGCCUGA